ACCAGCGAUCCACAAUGGAUGAGGUAAGAACUAUCCUAUAGAUAGGUUGAUUAGGUUGAUUAUAGGCCUAUCGAUACCUCUGUUGUCGCUUUAUGGAUGAGUUUAAUUCUAAUAUCUAACCACGUGAAAAUCUACAGAGGCCACGGCACCUUCACCACACCAUACUCAGCUUCCAUCAUCGCGACAGUCGCCGGCACAGUACAAAAGACGAACAAACUCCUAUCUAUCCAUCCUCUUCGAGCGCGGUACAUGCCCGAAAUCGGCGAUCUAGUCGUCGGACGAAUCGUUGAAGUGCAGGCACGACGGUGGAAGGUCGACGUCGCGGCACCGCUGCUGGCUCAGCUGCCCCUGUCGGCAAUCAACCUUCCAGGAGGCAUUCUGCGCAGACGAACAAGUGCUGAUGAGCUGCAAAUGCGCACAUUCUUUGUCGAAGGCGACCUGGUCGUUGCCGAAGUCCAGAGCGUACAUGCCGAUGGCUCUGCGACUUUACACACUCGAUCUUUGAAGUACGGGAAGCUGCGUAACGGCGUCUUCCUGGCCGUCACGGGCACAGGGGGUAUUGGAGCUGCGUCGCGGUCUGCUACAAAAGGCGGAAAUGGGUCUAAUGCGGCGCCCCCUGCUGCCGUGGGAGGCGUUGUGCGAUCCCGUCGCCAGAUGUGGACAGUUGCAACCGCCAAUGGGGGCGGGGAUGUCGACGUGACUCUGGGAGUGAACGGGUAUAUUUGGAUAGCGAAACAUACAGACGGAGCCGCGGCGGUGUCGUCGAAGACUGAGAAUGUCUCCAUCACGCGGCUAGAAGAGGUUGCUCCUAGCACCAUCUACUCGAGUCAAAACGACGAGAUUGCACCGCAGACGCGGCGCGAAAUUGCCCGUCUCGCUGGGUGUAUUCGUGUGCUGACCGAAGGCGGCGUGAGGGUUGAUGAGGACACAGUGAUGCGUGCGUACGAUGCCAACUUGCAGGCGGAUCUUGAGAUGGCGGUGGAUGAGGAUGAAGAUGCUGGCAAUCAAGGAAAAGAUUAUUUGGGCGGGGACAGGGGGAAGCGGAUUCUUGAAUUGGUGUUGCAGGGAUGAUUGAUUAUGCGUGUAACAAUAGGUGCUCAUAGACUAGAGAUACCCUCGUUCUGUUAUAUCUUAAAAUAACUUGUUUGAUUAUUCAAGUUUAAUGCCGUAUCCACAUGUACAACUCUAAG